AUGUCUUCUUUGAUGAAGUCGAGAGGCUGGUCAAUCAUCUAUCACCUAGAAGCUAAUCGGCUACAAGAUUCUCCAACCCUAACGGGUAAACGGUCGAGGGCAAGCAUGCGUACCUUGGUUACCACACUGCCCGCUCCAAUCACUGCACCGUCCCCAAUCGUCACCCCUGGAAGCACAGUAACAUUCCCUGCUAACCAGCAGUCCUCGCCAAUAUGGAUCUCCUUUCCCGACUCGGGGCCCGAUGUGCCAUUGCGUAAAUCGGGGUCUAGAGGAUGCGUUCCGCUGUAUAAGCUUACCUUGGGUCCCAAUAGAGUUCGUGCGCCAAUGGUUACCAGACGGGUGUCGAUAAUGACGCAGUCAUAA